AUGGGAGCUGAAGAAAUUUUUGAUGGUCCAUCUGAUCAACAUGCUAAAUGGAUACAAGAAAAAGUUGGUGGUGUACAAGGAGUUGUUGUUGCAGUACCAUCAAUUCCUGCAUAUGAACAAGCAUUUCAAUCAGUUAAACGCGGUGGUCGUAUUGUAGCUGAAAAGAAUUCACAAGAUUUAAGUGGUAUUCAUAAUGAAACAAAUAAACAAAGAAAAAUUUGGAAAAACCAAGAUGCAAAGAUUUAG